UGAUGAGAGCCCGGCUCUCCAGCAGAAAUUUGUUUGAUCGUUAAGAACCAGAAUGCAGUCCUCGUGCUUGUGAAAUAGUACUGAUGUCAACUACCAUUUAUUUUGAUUUUUUCACAGUAAGAAUGUUGAUGGCAAAGACCCUGUUCUUCGAGUCAUUAUGGGACGCCUUCUGACGUGCCCUUUCAUAUCGAAACUCGUUCCGUAGUAAAUUCAAAUCGAUUUUUCUUAUGCCACGUGGAAACAACUUCGCGGUGUAAAGUGUGUUCGAAGGGACCUUUUCUGCUGGGUCACAUCAACGAACUUCUAGACGCGUCAGAUUUGAAUCGAAUUCUUUGCUUGAGGAUCCAAUCUUGAUAUGACAUGGGAAUUCAGAAUUAAGAAUGAACGAAAUGCACGACGAGGAGACUAUUAUUCAAUUCUGAAAGGGGCACUGAAAGAAGCAGAAUAAUCAUCAGCACUCUUAUCCCUGUUGCCAGUUCUAGCGAUGCAAUCCAUGUGCAAUCAUCUUUCAAUCAGAAGCAUUUAAACUAACUCUUCAUUCUUGGAGAUGAUGUUGACCAUGUUGCAACACUCAUAUCACAGGCGACUGCUAUCCCCCACAUGAUUAUGAGUGAUAGAAAAGUUCUACUUCUACAUAAUUGAUAGGAUAUUGAAUUCGAGAGAAUCGUAAGGUGGGAACAAGGAAAAUGAAGAUCACGGUGAAGACGUUGAACAAAGGCGGUGGAGGUGGUAAGAAACGAUUUUUAACUUGAUGAUAGACAUGUAGCUUUUGAUGCUGAAUACCACAUUUUUUGCUACUGCAUGGAUGAAAAAUCGAUGUUGAUUCAUUUGCCAAGAACCCCUCUCUUUCACCAGUUAAUAGCAAAAAAUAUGCAAAAUUUCCAAUCAUUGUAGAAUUCCACAUAAUUAACCUUUCAGGUGCCGCCAACUUCGAGGUAGAAAUCGAGCCAACCGAUACUAUCUUACAAGUAAAGCAGAAAGUGGAGAAGGCGAAACCUGAAUUUGAAGCCGAUGGACAGAAGCUUAUCUGUGCGGGUAAGAUUUGGUGUUUAUUCACAAUGUCGUUGUUCUUGUUUCCUUUUCUCUUAUCAGAAUUGAUAUAAUCACGGGCAACGUCAAAUUCGAUUGGGUCGGGGUCGGUGGAGCUUCAAAGUAAGUAUACUCAGUCUCUGUCUUAUCUAUGCCCAAGUGAAGGAAUGCAAAAAUGGUCAUUCCCCUUCACAUCAGGUCGUAUUCUCCAGAACGAGAAGACUGUUACUGAUAGCAAUUUGAAGGAAGGAGACUUCUUAGUGGUUAUUCCGGCAAAAAAAGCUGCUGCCCCAGCACCAGCCGCGGAUCCCGCACCGGCUGCCCCGGCUGCGACCGCAUCAGAUGGAGGCGCCGCUGCACCACCAGCAGAACCGUUGGCGGCAGUGCCAGUACUGAUUUAUCAUCCUUUCUCUCUCAUGAAAGUUACUACCUCCCAAGAUUUUGUUUCAUCUGAGAACCCAUUCUUCGCCCAAAAUACUCUUCCCACAAAAUAAAAGGCAUCCAACAACCGAGAAGCAGAGGAGGCUAUUACGCGACUAACCGAGAUGGGCUUUCCACGGGAUCAGUGCAUUGCUGCUUUGAGAGCUGCUUUCGGUAAUCCGGACAGAGCUGUCGAGUACUUGAUGAAUGGAAUUCCAGCUGGCCUUGAGGAGAGCGCGGCGGCACAAGCAGCUCCAGCAGCAGGCGGCGCACCUGCAGCAGGUGGCGCAGCAGCACCCGCAGCUGGAGGCGCUCCGGCAGCACCGGCAGCAACAGGCGGAGAAGGAUUUUCGGGUAUGGCUUUUCCCGCUAUGGGAGGUGGUGCCGCUCCACCAGCAGGAGCAGCAGGAGGAGCUCCGCCAGCGGCAGGUAGUGCGCUUUUUUCUUCUUGCGAUGUUUCUAAUGGAUGAACCUCUCCGUUGUACUGGACCUCAACAUGAACUUGCAUUCAACGAAACAUAGAAUUUGCCUUAUAUCCUCUCGCCCUCCACAAAACAAACAAACCCAUAGUACCAAAACGACCACUCUCCACCUUAUAAAUUGCAGGCGGUGCCGCACCCGGUGGCGGACCAGAUAUGGCGCAGCUUCAACAGGCCAUAGCGCAGAACCCAGCCAUGUUGCAGCAAGUCCUAGGCCAAUUGGGACAGACGAACCCGGAAUUGUUAGCACUCCUACAGCAAAAUCCUGAGGCUUUGAUGCAAAUUCUCAGUGGCCAAAUGGGUGGCAUGGAAGGAGACGACGACCCUAUGGGAGGCAUGGGAGGUAUGCCAGGUGGAGGAGCAAUGCCUGGAGCUGCAGGAGAUGGUGGUGGUAUUAUUUUAUACAUUAUUAGAUGCAUUUUUUACGAUUGAUGUCCUUGAACAUUUGAUGUUCUUUUUCUCUUAGAGACGAGAGGGUCAUUACCAUCAUUUAUUUCUUCUUUCUCCAUCUUAUCCUUAAGAAAUUGUCAAUGUUGAUGUUCCCAGUAGUAGUAGUAAUGUUCCCUACUACCUCCACACACGACGACUACAACAGGUACUAUCCAAGUCCAACUGUCAGAGGAAGACAGGGCUGCGGUGGAGCGACUUGAGCAAUUAGGAUUUCCAAGAGCCGCUGUUGUGCAAGCUUACAUGGCUGCUGAGAAAAACGAAGAGCUUGCCGCAAACUUGCUCUUCGACAUGGGCGAUGACCUGUAAAAAUGGGACAGGACUAUGAGAAGCAGGAGCUUGAUAAGGUAGGACUUGAAUUGUAGGAACUACACGGAUUAUUAAACGGUGUAGGCAUGGUGGAGAUUGACCUCUACACAUGGAUAUGAGAAGUACUCUGAAUUAUUGUCUGCUUCAACAUCAUGCCGAAGCAAGAAGUUUGCAGAACGACGAUUCCUGAAAAAAACCAUACCAAGGCACCCUCCAGAGCUGAAAUUUAAAAACAUUGAUUCUGUUACAUCAUCGUAGCUCCGUUUUCAUACUAGUAUCAUGGAAGUUGUAAUGGAACGACAUGCCGUUGCCGGUUGUUGUCCCAUAAGUGCGUUCUCCGGUGCGUGGAUGCGUGCGCACUCGCACGAAGGCUGCCUAAACAAUCGUUCUUCAUGUGAGUUCUAAACACACUGUUAUGUCAUCUGAGGAUGUCGAAACAAGAUCUCAUUCCCCUCCAGUUUUUAAAGAGCUGCUCCUGUGGAAGACGAAUUUGGAUUCUGUGUGCGUAACGGCAAGAAUAGUUGACAACUUCUAGAAGAUGAGCAGGAAGCAAUAGUCAUGGUUAUGUCCAAUCAAAUCCCUUAU